GCGCCGGCUGCAGCGCGGGCAGGCGCGGGACGCAAUGUCGCCGCUGCCGCCUCCUCGCGGGCCGGGGCUGCGCCGCCAGGGCUGAGCCGGGAGUCGAGAGGCCGCCGGGCGCGCCCGCAGCGCGGGAGGAUGGGCUGCGGCGGGAGCCGGGCGGAUGCCAUCGAGCCCCGCUACUACGAGAGCUGGACCCGGGAGACCGAGUCUACCUGGCUCACCUACACCGACUCGGACGCGCUGCCCAGCGCCGCCGGCCCGGACAGCGGCCCCGAAGCGGGCGGCCUGCACGCGGGUGUGCUGGAAGAUGGACUGUCCUCCAAUGGUGUGCCCCGAUCUACAGCCCCAGGUGGAAUAUCCAACCCAGAGAAGAAGACGAACUGUGGGACCCAGUGCCCAAAUCCCCAGAACCUCAGCUCAGGCCCUCUGACCCAGAAACAGAAUAGCCUUCGGACCACAGAGGCUAAAAGAGAUACUAAGAGAAUGUCUGCAAAAGAAGUCACCAUUAAUGUUACAGACAGCAUCCGACAGAUGGACAAAAAUCGAAGAAUCACAAAGAACUGUGUCAACUAGCAGAGUGUCCAAAUAGAAAGUGGAUGGACUUCUUUGUUCCCCUUCACAAUCCUGGACCCUAUCAAGGAAGCUUGAGGAAGCGGAUGCCCCUUGCUCAACCUGAACGCUGCUGAGUGCCUUGAGAGACUGUCUUACCUGGCAGCAAACAGCUGCCUGAGUUGUGGGGACCUUCUGAGCCUCCUGUUUAACAUGUAAAUAUAUUGGCACAGAGCUCACGUAUGCUGAUGAACUGCAGACAUGCAGUUCAGUUUGCCUCUUUGCAACUCCUGUAACAGGGUCUGGUGUAAAAGAGCUAAUGCUACAGAUCAGUUUAUGAGGUGGAAAAAAGCAGGAGGAGUGGGUCUCCUGGGAGAAAGAUCCGCACCUUAGCACUAAGCUCUCCUGGCCACAAAAGUGUGUUUGGUUUCAGGCAAGCUUAUUCUUUCCUUUUUUGUUUUUAAAUACCACUAUCCCAAAACUUACCAUGUUCACUAAAAAGCUGGCUUUUACCCAACUCUAAAUGCAAAUAUAUAAGAAGUCAAGAAACAGGAAAACUUCCUGUUAUCCUUGUUUUCUUAGAUCUUGGUAUGAGAUCAGAUCCGGUUCCUCACGCACUAACUCUCCCACACCCAUGGCGUGUCUUUGGGAGGUCCCUGUGAUGCAGUCACACCUGCUCCUUAUCUGCCUGGAAAGCCCUCCAAGCUGGCGCCAUGUUGGCCUCCAGACCAUAAUGUCACCAUCCUUGUGGCCAAAGUAGGAUGUCCCUCAAGGCUCAGUCAGACAUUGCAGUUUUUCAUAGCUUUCCAGUUCCCUGUGCUUGUCUUCUUGCGCGUUCUCCCGCUCCACUUGGGCCAUUUGCGAUUGUCAGUCAAAGACUGGACACUGCUUGCGAGAGGGAGAUAACCGGGGACGUGUGGCAGCGCGCACAGGUUCCCCUUGCCUGUCUGUACACAGCCUGAGGACUGUGUCAUUUUGGCACCUGCAACAAAAUCACUUUAGAAAGUCAGUACCCAGUUGAUGUGUAUUCACACUGACGUUGGAUUGAUGUGCACUGCAUUAGAAAUCAGGUAGCUGACACGGAAAAAGGAUGUUUUAAUAGAAAUAAUUUUUCUAGCAUUUUCUUUAAACAUGUUCAACUGGAAGUAUUUUCUUCCAAAAUAAUAUAGCAUGAUUUUUAAAGGACUGUUAACAUGCCUGGGGUUGGAAAAGGUAGGACUAAAGUUGUACCAAACUAUACCAAUAAACUCCAUGUCUAGCAGAAA